ACCGAAACAGUCGGGAUGAAGCGUACCAAAUAUUUUCUCCUGGCUAGGGCUGAGGUGGCACAAGAUAACAUUGGGGGGAGUGGCAACCCAGAAAAAUCAGAGAGCAUCCGAAGAGUACUCCACAAGGGAACUUUAACGACCUCAUAUAAAUCCGACAUGAACGCUCGAAACGCCCACCAGUAGCUCAGCAGCGACCUUAAUUUCCAUAAUUCUCAUAGUCUUCUCUUCCCAAUUUCUCCUCUCUCCUCCAAUUUUCAACACCAAUUUCGAUUGCAGCGCAGAAAUUUUACACAAAAUUUCAAAUAAGAAGGAGAAGAAGAAGAAGGAGAAGAAGAAGAAGAAGAAGAAGAAGAAUCGCCUGAAUGAAAAGAAGAAAGCAGAGGUUUUCUUUCGGCAGGCUUCCCGUUCCGAUCGUCGGCUCCGGAAGUUAUGAAAGAUCGUAGAAAACGGGAGUUCCUUUCCUGGAGCAGGUUUUUCUGGUGCACCAUCUUCGUCGUCAUCUCCUGCGUCUUCUUCACCGGUUUCACCUUCUCCACUUUCCGCCUCAUCCUCGGAGGGACUUUUCAACCAGUACUGGUCUCGACAUGGCGAACUCCGGCGAUGCGAGCUAUCUCCGGCGAGUCCGCGGCGGCUCCGGCGCUCUCCGCCCAGGAAACGGUCGUCUUCCCCGACCAGGCGCUGAUUUUCCUAAUACACCCUCCGUCAGCUCGCUUAUUUACCAAGAAGGACCUCGAUUGCGUCUACGUUUCGGCUGACUCGUCCCAGCCCCACACGAAGCUCAAGCCCGUGAUCAUCGACGGCGACGGCGAAGGACAGAUCGCACGGUGUCCACUGGCUCCACGUGGCGACUCUGUAUCCGUUGCCCUGAAAACCAACGGUCAUCUAUCGGCCGGGCCCACCUACCGUUGGGAUUUUCUGGCGUACGAUACUGUGAUCGAUCGGGACAACAGCACCGUCGUCUUCGUCAAAGGCCUUAAUCUAAGGCCAGAGAGGGUCGCCAAUCCAUCCAGAUUUGAGUGCGUGUACGGCUGGAAUUUCACGAAGCCGAAGUUCAUAUUAAGAUCGGACGUUCUGUCCGUCGCUCAGGAGAUCGUACGGUGCAGAACGCCUCUGAGCGUGUUGAAUGGCUCACAGAGGAUUUUGAAUUCGAUUAAGGUCUCGGUUAGGAUCAAGGGUAAGGGCACUGUGCCCUCGAUUGCCCACCCGAAACCCUUACCCGAACCUGACCCAGCCCGACACGAAAUGUGCGUGUGUACCAUGGUUCGUAACCAAGCCCGGUUCUUACGAGAAUGGAUCAUGUACCAUGCCCAAAUUGGGGUAAACCGAUGGUUCAUUUAUGAUAACAAUAGUGAUGACGACAUCGAUCAAGUGAUUAACUCUCUCGAGGAUGCCAAUUUUAAUGUUUCGAGACACAUGUGGCCUUGGAUCAAGACCCAAGAAGCCGGGUUCGCCCAUUGUGCGAUUCGGGCUCGGGACUCUUGCGAAUGGGUUGGGUUCAUUGAUGUGGAUGAGUUCUUUCACUUGCCAUCGGGUCUACAUUUGCACGGCAUUCUUAAGAAUCAGACGAAGUCCAAAAGGGUUGGUGAGAUAAGAACCCCAUGUUAUAGUUUUGGGCCCUCUGGGCUAAAAAAUGCUCCUUCAAGGGGUGUAACGGUAGGAUACACAUGUCGAAUGGCAAAACCUGAGAGGCACAAGAGCAUAAUAAGGCCAGAUGCACUCAAUUCUACAUUGAUCAAUGUGGUGCACCAUUUUCACUUGAGUGACGGAUUCGAGUUUAUAGAUGUUAAUAGGUCAAUGAUGGUUAUUAAUCACUACAAAUACCAAGUGUGGGAAGUGUUUAAAGAAAAGUUCUAUAGAAGGGUAGCAACUUAUGUGGCGGAUUGGCAAGACGAACAAAAUGUGGGAUCAAAGGAUCGUGCUCCUGGCUUGGGAACUAGACCUAUCAAGCCAUCCGAUUGGUCUACCCAAUUUUGCGAGGUCACAGAUACAGGCCUUCGAGAUCAAGUACUGAAAAUAUUUAAACGUCCACAAAGCCAACGUCUACCGUGGCAAAAAAAGGAAGAAGAUGAACAACAAAAAAAUGAGUUUUUGAUUGAAUCGAAUAGGAAAAUUAGGAGGAGAAGAUACCACAGAGGAUUGUUAACUUACAACUCACUCUCCGCUUACCUUCUUCCCCAAAAGAAAAGCCCUCUCCAUUUUCCUGUAGAAGAAGAAAAAAGGUUUGUCUUCUCCAUCCCAAGGAAGCCACAAGAACUUAGCAUGGCGAGGGAAGAACAAAAACAGAGCCAGCAGAAUCAAAACCACACGCCGAAACAACCCCCCAGAUCCCAGAACGGAGGAAGCAGCGACACAAUGUUCAGCCCCAGGUUCCGGUCGGUGGCCGCCAUGGCCGGCUGGGACGAAGAGGCGAUUCUGAUUGCGAGUCUUGUUGUAGAAGACACGCCGGAUCGAGAGGACAAGCAGAAGAAGCGCUCUGACUUGCUGUUCAAGACUCCGCCCACCAACUCAAGAAGAAAGCGCAGGGCUCAGAGGAGGAGUCCUGCUUCGACCCCUGUUCCUGUGCUUGAUCUUGAUGAAAAAGAAACUGCUAAAGAAGAGUGCGAGAAAAAGAAGGCAGGGGAGAAAAUAGAUCUGAAUGGAGAGAAGAAAACUGAGGAUGAGAAAACUGCUCGAGCCGAUGGAUCUUGCUCGAGCUCGGCUCUGCCAUGCAUGGACAGACUCAGGGAAGAGCUUUCCUGCGCAAUUUGUUUGGAGAUUUGCUUUGAACCCAGUACCACUCCUUGUGGACAUAGUUUCUGCAAGAAAUGUUUGCGAUCUGCGGCCGACAAAUGCGGGAAGCGAUGCCCCAAGUGCAGGCAGCUAAUUAGCAAUGGAAGAUCUUGUACAGUGAACACAGUUCUCUGGAACACCAUACAGCUUCUGUUCCCAGCAGAGGUUGAAGCAAGGAAGGCAGCCGGAACCUCGAGUAGUCGAGAAGCUGGGCGCAAGAGCCCUGAAAAAGUGAGCACUAGUAGCAAUCUGCGGAAUCAAAGUAUUCAGGUUUCUGGAGUAUUGAGCAGAAGAGAUCUUAGGGCUAGGCGAAGAGCAGCGGUGCUGAGCCAAGAUGAGGAUGCUGCAUUGGCUCUUAGGCUGCAGAGAGAUGUUAGUGCGAGGCGAAGAGAUAUUAACGCGAGGCAAAGAGCAGCGGUGCUGAGCCAAGAUGAGGAUGCUGCAUUAGCUCUUAGGUUGCAGAGAGAGGAGUUCAUGGAGGCUUUUAGGGGGAACCCUGAGCAAGAAGCCAUAGGUUCUAUUGCGGUAGCCAGAGCGAACUUGAGGGCUAUGGCAUCGAGGGCCAUUAGCCUUCGUGUUAGAGGCCGACCUAUAUAAGCUGUUUUUGAUUGCACAAUUGGUUUACUCAACUACAUUGGUUGGAUCUUCUUCACAUUGAUGCGCAGCUUAAACUUCUAUCAUUGUUGAUCUACAAUGAUGACAUAUGCACAUUGUUCAGUACUAAAUAAUCUGAUUUUUGAAUGCUUAAUUUGUUUACUC